AUGGAAUUCAAUAUUUGUAUCGAAUGCAUUUCAUGUUUACUUAUUAUAGUGAGUUUCACUGUGUUCACAACGGGACUCCUAGCUUGUGAUGACAUCGAUGCUGCAGCCUGCGUCAGACUUGCUUCAUCACAUCCAAAUAUGUGUAACGAAACAUGUUUUGCUUCUAUCUGCAAGCGACAUUGUGGACUUUGUCCACUAAAAUGUUACACCUGCCAUGAUAUUGCUAACCCCCAGUCCUGUAACGUCUCAGCGGAGUGCCCAUCAAACGAUCACAGGUGUAUCUCAGUGAAAUCGUACACGGAUGACUUUCGUCUUGUUUAUAAAUUAGGAUGCGCACCAUCUUCGAUCUGCAGUGGAACAAACUGUUGUACUUCAGAUUUAUGCAACAAUAAAGCGAAUACCAAGCGACGAUCAGAGGAAGAAAAGAAAGAAAGUCCAGUUACCAUUGUAGUACCCAGCAGACGACAGACGCUGAACCCGGCCUGUGCUGACGUAGACAAUCUGGCCUGUACGCUAUUGUUUACGUCAGAUACUGACAUCUGUCAGAAUGAUUGUGUUGCCAACGUCAUCUGUCCUAGACUUUGUGGGAAAUGCACUGAGUGUUAUGAUUGCGAUCACGUGCUUACAACAGAACGCUGCAAUCAUUCCAGAAUAUGCAAGGCAGGGGAGGUUUGUUUCACAUUAGAAACUUUGAACUUUGAUCUUGAACAUGGGUUCCGGAUGGGUUGUGUGCAUCAACAGAUUUGCGAUAGAAUCACGACACAAGUUGGCAAUGUAUUCGGACGAAGAUCUGACAGCAUAGAAGUAUCAAUGACGGGUGGUUGUUGUCAUGGUGAUCUGUGUAAUCACCACAAACUGACUCCGGCAGCCAUAUCUACACUACCACCAGUCACUACAAUGCAAACCAUUCCCACCACUACAUCUAGAACGUGUUCGAUGGUAAGUGGGUGUCCUUUUAGUCCUGCGGCGAGAGUGUUCGGAAAAUGUUACUUCCUCGGAGCAACUAUGAUGACAUGGCUGAAUGCUAAAUCUUUUUGUGAGUCCCACUGCAGUAAUCUAGCAGUGUUCCACGAUUCUGGGGAUCUGCGACAUAUACUUAAUGCUGUCGGUCACGACGACAAUCUCGAACAUCUACCAGCCGUACAUCGUCAUAAUCUACCGGAUGUGUUUGUGGAUGCGAUCAAUCCCGCCCAUUCGGGACAAUUCAUUUGGGAGACAACCCUAGAGUUUGUUCCAAACUCAAUGUUUGACAACCCAAAUUCAAAUCAUUUGCAUAAUUGUGCCGUUGCUCAUAACGGACACGAGUUACGUGGAGUUAGUUGCACUGCUACAUAUUAUCCCUUGUGCCAAUCUAAACAACAAUAAAAUAUUGUAAAUUUUA